AGAACACAGAGCAGAGCACGGCAAGAACAGUGAGCCAGGCGGGCGCGAGAAGAGUCCGUGAGGGAAGCUAAACAGCAAUGGCGCUCGUGCCUCUCCUCCUCUCGCUCCUCCUCGUCUCCUGCGCCGCGCAGUCACCUGCAUCGUCGCCGUCGGCGUCCAAGGCUACUCCUACUCCUGUCAGUGCCGCCACGCCGCAGGCAUCUGCGGCAGCGCCGACCACGGCCAAGUCGCCGCCGCAGGCCUCGGCCGCCUCGCCGUCACAGGUCUCCGCCGCGCCACCGACAACCGCAGUGUCGGCGCCACAGGUGUCUGCCGCGGCGCCGACAACCGGCGCCGCCUCGGCACCACAGGUCUCCGCCGCACCGCCCACAACCGCUGCCGCCUCGGCGCCGCAGGUGUCUGCCGUGUCGCCAACAACCUCUGCCGCCCCGGCGCCAAAAGUGUUUGCCACGUCGCCGUCCAUCGCAGUGUCGGCGCCACAGGCGUCUGCCGCGCCGCCAACUGUGCGGUCCGCCGCCGCGCCGUCGCUGGUGUCCGCGGCCGCGCCAACCGUGGCCGCAUCGGCUCCGCAGGCCGCCACGGCGGCUCCACCGACAACGGCUGCCUCUCCACAGUUGGCUGCCACGUCAUCUCCGCCAACAAGCGCGGCCUCUCCUUCACUAGCUGCCACGUCACCUGCCACCUCCUCGGCUCCCGUCUCCGCACCCCCUCUCGCAGCGACCGCAGCCUCUCCGGCGACAGCGCCUACCGUCGCGGCGCCGACUACGGCCACAUUGCCCCCAGCGGCCUCACCAAUGGCUAUGCCACCGACAACCGCGCCUACCGCAUCGGCACCGUCUCCCCUGUUCAUGGUCCCGGUCGCGUCGCCGGCGACGGCCCCGGCACUGGCUCCGAGCGUCGAUGCCCCGACUCCGUCGCCCACGUUGGCACCAGAGCUCGCGCCCAUCAUGGCACCAGAGCUGGCUCCCAUCAUGGCACCAGAGCUCGCGCCCAUCAUGGCACCAGAGCUGGCUCCCAUCAUGGCACCAGAGCUCGCUCCCAUCAUGGCACCCGAGCUCUCGCCCAUCAUGGCCCCAGAGCUGUCGCCGCUCGGCUCGGCGAGCCCCUCGCUGUCGCCCGCGUUCGCGCCCAUGGCAGAGGAGGACUCUGCCGCGGCGAGCUCGCGCGCCGGCGUCGCCGCGCUUGUGGCCUUGGCUGCCACAGGGCUCGCGGUCUUGUUUUAA